GUUGGCCAGUUCAUGUGUAUCAAGGUGCUUACAUUUCAAACCUUGCAACCUAAUUUUGUUUGAAAUAAAACUACUCCAUUAAGAAAAAUAAAAAGAACAAAAACCAUAUAAACCCCUUUUUUUUGCAUUCAAUUUUCAAGAACUUUCUUCAUUACAACAACUACUCUCCCAUUUCCCCAACUAAAUGCUAGUAUUCUUAUCCUAUUCAUUAAACCAUAAUCAUGGAGCUCAAACGCCUUUGCUUUGUUUUGCCUGCAGAUGAUCUUGAUGAAACUGAUAAUGUAAAACAAGAAGUAGAACCAUCCAAACCAAAGGAAAAAAUUGAGUCUUUCGCAAAAAGGGGUUGUGGGGAUCAUGUUCUUGAUCAUGAAAAACAAGUUCUAAAGGGAAAAAAUGAGUCUUUUGCCAAAAGGGGCUGUUGGGGUCAAGUUCCAAAGGGAAAAAAUGAGUCUUUUUCUAAAAGGGGUUGUGGGGGACAAGUUCUUGAUGGUGAAAAACAAGUUGUUCAACAGAAACCAAAGAAAAAAAAUGAGUCUUUAUCCAAAAGGGGUUGUGGGGGUCAAGUUCUUGAUUUUCUUCAAGAAUCUUUUUCUAAAUUACUUGAUUCCAAAUGGGUAACUUGUUGUCAUCAAGAAUUUGGGGGAAAACAAUUUUCUGGUGUUUUUCAUGACACAGAAGGUAUGCAACUAGGUGAGAAAGGUGGUGGUGACUAUAAUCAUCAUCAUAAUCCAAGGAUUUUCAGCUAUUCUGAGCUGUUUAUAGGGUCUAAUGGAUUUAGUGAGGAUGAAGUUUUAGGAAGUGGUGGAUUUGGGAAAGUUUUUAGAGCUGUUUUACCUAGUGAUGGAACAGUUGUAGCUGUGAAAUGUUUAGCUGAAAAAGGGGAGAAAUUUGAGAAAACAUUUGCUGCUGAGUUAGUGGCGGUUGCUCAUCUCCGCCACCGGAAUCUUGUGAGGCUAAGGGGGUGGUGUUUUUAUGAUGAUCAAUUGUUCCUAGUGUAUGAUUAUAUGCCUAACAGUAGCCUUGAUCGGAUUUUGUUCCGUAAACAGGAGAAUACAGGGUCCCCUGUUCUUGAUUGGGAACGUCGAAAAAAUAUAGUUAAUGGCUUGUCAGCUGCCUUGUUUUAUCUCCAUGAACAAUUGGAGACUCAGAUCAUUCAUAGAGAUGUUAAGACAAGCAAUGUGAUGCUUGAUUCCCAUUUCAACGCCCGGCUAGGCGAUUUUGGGUUAGCUAGGUGGCUUGAACAUGAACUCGAGUACCAAACAAGGACGCCUUCUAUGAAGAAUCAGCAGUUUAGAUUGGCUGAGACAACAAGAAUUGGUGGAACUAUAGGGUACUUACCUCCUGAAAGUUUUCAGAAAAAAGGUUUUGCAACGGCAAAGUCUGAUGUGUUUAGCUUUGGGAUUGUUGUCCUGGAGAUUGUUUCAGGAAGGCGCGCUGUUGAUCUCGCGUCCCCGGAUGAUCAAAUCAUACUGCUUGAUUGGAUCAGGAGACUUUCUGAUGAAAAAAUGGCUUUACAAGCUGGUGACAGCAGACUUGUUGAUGGUUCUUACAAGCUUAAUGAUAUGGAGAGGCUAAUACAUAUUGGCCUUCUUUGUACACUUCAUGAACCUCAAUCAAGGCCUAAUAUGAAAUGGGUUGUGGAAGCACUUUCUGGUCAUAUUUAUGGUAAAUUGCCUGAUCUUCCUUGUUUUAAGUCCCACCCUCUUUAUAUAGCUUUGUCAUCUCCAAGUAAUAGUACAACUAGCAACACAAUCACCACAAGGUCCACUGCCAAUAACAGCACCAGCACGACGCCCGGUUUCAACUCAACAAUGUUCAUCACAGCCACAGGAGAAACCAUGUAUCUAAGUGCUGAAAGUGGAAGCAGCAGCAGCAACAAUGAGUCUGGGAAUACCAGCAGCAGGCGCCAAUCGAGUAAUUUCUUGAUGGUUGAAACUGCUAGGGAGAUCACAUUCAAGGAGAUCAUUGCUGCCACAAAUAAUUUUUCGGAUUCAAGAAGAGUUGCUGAGAUUGACUUUGGAACUGCUUACCAUGGCUUUCUUGACAACAACCAGCAUGUAUUGGUGAAAAGGCUAGGAAUGAAAACUUGUCCUGCUUUAAGAGUGAGGUUCUCUAAUGAACUUCAGAAUUUAGGACGAUUACGCCACAGAAACCUGGUGCAACUCCGCGGAUGGUGCACUGAGCAAGGUGAAAUGCUUGUUAUAUAUGAUUACUCUCAAAGUAGUCUUUUAAGCCACCUCCUUUUCCAUCAGAAUCAUCAUAGGGACAAUGCCUCCAGUACACUCAGAUGGCGUCAUCGGUAUAACAUUGUCAAAUCACUUGCCUCUGCAAUUCGCUAUCUGCAUGAGGAAUGGGAUGAGCAGGUCAUACACAGAUGCAUUACAUCAUCUGCCAUCAUUCUUGAUCCUGAUAUGAACCCAAGGCUUGGUUGCUUUGCUCUUGCUGAAUUCUUGACUCGAAAUGAGCAUAGCCAUCAUGUUGUGGUUGAUAAAAAUAAAUCAGUUAGGGGGAUUUUCGGUUACAUGUCACCAGAGCAUAUGGAUUCUGGUGAUGCAACAACAAUGGCUGAUGUUUAUAGCUUUGGUGUAGUUCUGCUUGAGAUAGUUAGUGGUCAGAUGGCAGUAGAUUUCCGCCGGCCUGAGGCUUUAUUGGUCAACAGAGUACAUGAAUUUGAGGUGCAGAAAAGGCCAUACGAACAAUUGGCAGAUAGGAGGUUGAAUGGAAACUUUAACACCAGGGAACUGAUGAGGCUAGUCAAAUUAGGAAUGGCUUGCACAAGGUACGAUCCAGAAUCAAGACCGACCAUGAGGCAGAUAGUGAACAUUCUCGAUGGACAUGAUCAAUGGUUACUGGAGAAUGGACGAAAGAAGGAGAGUCCGGAAGAAUGGAGAACAAGAAAUGCUUCUGCUUUGUCCCUCGUAAGGAGAAUUCAAGCUCUUGGUAUACAGUGAUCAUCGCGUAAGAUGUGAAGUAGUUACAUGUAGAUAGAUAUGAACAUUAAGCUUUAUAUCUUUUUGCCUUUGUUCUUCUGUUUAUUCAUGGUAGUCUAAAACAUGUUGCAAGUUUUGGGUUGUAUGAUUAUGUUGCUUCAGCAGAACAUUGUGUAAUCUAGUGUGGACGACCUUGAUAGUAUCGAGGGAAUGGAAGCAUCAGAUAUGCAGAUUUUUAUGAAUUUGAUCAUGAGUUUUUUUAGAUACAAUA